UUGACCAUGCCCAACAACUUGGCCCUGCUUAAGUAUGGUGCCCCUCCACCUGCCCAGUGCUGGGGUGCGACUGCGACCAUCCAGGAGGACGCGCCCCUCGACGAGGACGCCUCCGACGACGCGCCCCUGAACGACGACGUCCUGCGCGGGAUCGCCGCUUCUGGCGGCGCGCGCCAGCCUGAGGCGGACGAGGCGAGCCUCGCGUCGCGCGCCACGAGCGCGCACACGGUGAUUCCGACGCCCCACGGCCGGGCGCGCAUGGGAGAGCGCGCGGUCUCGGUGAAAGAGCUCCAGACGGCGAAGAAAUACGGAACAGUCACGCGCGCGCGCAAUGGCAGGGACGGCGCGGUGCGCUGGAAGAUCGAACACAACGGCAUCGUCUACAUCACGGACCGGACUCAGAAGCUGGUCAUCACGACGUAUCAUCAAAGCCCAGAGGAGCCCGAAGCGAAGGACGCCCGGGUCCGGGAGCUGGUGCGGCAGGUCCGCGAGCUGUCGGCUGAGCGAAGGGAGGCAACAAAUCGACUCGAGACUGCCGUCGCCAUGCUGCUUAUUGAGCAUCGCGAGGAAGAACGUCGGCUCGAGGAACGGUUGGACGCUCUCGAGUCCGAGCUCGAAGAUGCGCGCGGCCCGCGAGUCCAGGCGGCGGGUCCGCGCGACGCGGAGGAGAAGCGGGACGCGGCGCCGCCGCCCGCGCCUCCGCGCACGAAGAAGAACAGCGGCUCGGUGGCGCACGUGCCGUCGCUUGCCGAUUUUCCCGCCCUCAACGGCGCGGUCUGGCAGGGCCCGGCGCCGUCCUCGGAGGACUUCUCGGCGAACGAGGCGCGCAACACCGCCUGCGAGGCCGCCGAACCGGCCCCCGCCGCCCCCGAGCCGCCGCCGCCGCCGCCCACCGUGCCGCACCCGUGGAAGGCCUUCUGGGACGCGGGGAGCAAGCGGUACUACUUCGGCAGCCCGCGGACGGGCAAGGUCCAGUGGGACGUACCGGUUGCGCCGCCGUCGCCCCCAAGACCGGCCUACACGGAGGCGAGCUACGAGCGGCUCGUCGCCGAGCUCGCGGAGGUCAGGGUCAGGCCGAGCCAGCACGCGCUGGAUAUCCUCCGGCGCCAGGAGGUGACCGUCGAGGACCUCUGCGAUCUCACGCAUCCCAUGCUGGUGGCCGCGGGGAUCGAUCAAAUCGACGUUUACAUGAUCUGGAACAAAAUUGAAGUGCUCCGGAAUCGCCAGAUCGCUCGCAGGAAGUCUCGUGGGGGUUGUUAA